AUGCCGAACAUACUUGAAAGAGGCCCGCAAUACUACAAGAUUGACAUAACCGACAACUUACCUCCAGGCACCGACAGCGUAGAUCAGUUUGAGGAGAACCCACGACAGCCCAGACCGCCGGCCAGGUCUAAAAGACCCCUUCCAGAAUGGCCUCCUGAAGCAGAAAGGCGAGGAAAAUGGAUCUACAAGUAUCUUGACGAGCUCGACCCAGAGACAGAGUAUGACCAGAUUAUCAAGACGGCAACCUUCUUCAUGGCGAACUCUUUCGCAUUCGGCGCUGGCUAUGCGUCAACCUUCAUCCACCUUGUCCAAACUCCCGCGGGCGCCGCAGCAGUCCACCAAACCACGAAAGUGUACCGGCGUGGUCACCAGCGAUUUUUCGAGACACGAGACUAUUUCCUCGACUGGAUGUGGUACGGGAGCGGAUCCGACAUCACCCAAAAACGCCUCGCAAGCGUCAACAAGAUCCACGCGAGCGUCUGGAAACAGGUCCCAGGAGCAUACAGCCACCCCUGGGAAGCAGAGAUGGCCAUCAUCGGUGCCGCAUACUUUGAGACGUAUCUCAGGAAGCUGGUCGGGGCGAGAAGGACGGAGCCGCAUGCGAAUGUUCAGAAGGCGUGGCCAGAGUGGGGGGAGCGGGUAUGUGCUCAGUUGAGGACAGAGCCGUUGGACGGCUCAAGGAGUUUCGGAAUUAAUUUUCCAAGGAACUGGGAAGAGCUUGAGGGGUUCUACCUCUGGUUUCAGAGGAUACCGAUGGAGAGGUAUACGAACGAGGAGGACCGGAGAAAGGCGCAUGAAAUAUCGGAGGCGUUUACAAGGCAGUUUAGCGUGCUUUGGUUUCCGAGACGUCUACAGUGGCUCGGCCGUCAAAUCGUUUUGACCGUGAUACCAGCUGCGAUACGCGAGCACAAUCGGAUUGGACACCCAAACGCUCUCGCAGAGGCGUCCAUAAAGUUCGCGUUCAAAAUUUUCCUGGAUCUGAAAGACGCGCUCCCAGACCCCGUUCACCCGACAUUCUCAGAUGAGUACCAUGCGGCGAAAGGGGUGAGCUGGAACAAAACAGAUGUCAAGGCUGAGGCGGAGUGGAAGCGUCGGGACCAAGUGGUGGACGCUCUUCUGGGAUCGUUUGUAGCUUUGUGCGCCAUACAAUUGUUCUUGCGAUUUAGAUGGUUUGUAUGGUAA